AAAACAUUUAGGCACGGCGAACACAACUUCUCCCGCGCCAAAACUGUGAAAGACAUGAAGCAGAAGACAUGACUUGACAUUGACAAAGAAAUGUGUUGAGGAGAAAUAAAACCGAGGACACCAAGACCGAGACUGAAGGAAAAGUAAUAAAACCCCGAGAAAAAGGAAUACAGGACCAAGAGAAGAGAAAGAGGAGGAGGAGGAAGACACGCACACACACACACACGUCUUCAUCUCUUCAUUCUCCACCCAUGGAGCACUCCUUGGAUUUAUGAUCACCAGCACAUUUGAAACAUUUUGGGGCUUCUCCAUUAACACCCAAAUGGACUGUUUGAAAUGGUUGGACUUUAGAGAAGACACAGCUGUGGAAGAUGAGCAAUGAACGCACAGUACACUUGCAGCGUCCUUCACCUGCUUUCUUAUAAAUCCUACAAUGCGGCGCAGCCUUGCCCCCAGCCAGCUGCACAAAAGGAGGCUUGAGGGAAGUCUUCCUCCAAACUCAGAAUCUGCUGUUACUCAAUUAAAGAGAAAGAAAAGAACAAGACAAGAUGAGGACGGCAAACCAACUCCACAAGACCGCGUUCCACUGUCACCCAUCAGCAACACGCUGCCGCCCGGAGCACCAAGGUCUUCACAUGAAGACUUUAUACGGAAAAUUUUGGCCAAGCCGUUUAAGAUACCCAUCGCCAACUAUGUGAGUCAGGGGAACCGUGGCCUGGGCGUGCGGCGGAGCGGUGUGCGCCAGCCCCUGCACGACCCUGAUGAGCCGGACGCCCUGGUGGUCUACCGCCCCAAGGAGCUGUCUGCCCAUGAGAAGUUAACAGCUAACCUAGAGAAGCUUGAGGUGGCCGUGGUGGUGGACCCGAUGUUGUCUGUCGUCCUCCGGCCUCACCAGCGCGAGGGAGUGAAGUUCAUGUAUGACUGUGUUACUGGCAAGCAGAUUGAAGACAACUACGGCUGCAUCAUGGCAGACGAAAUGGGUCUGGGCAAAACCCUGCAGUGCAUCACUCUCAUGUGGACGCUGCUGAGGCAGGGGCCAGACUGCCGGCCGGCCAUAGAGAAGGCUGUGGUUGUUGCGCCUUCCAGUUUAGUGAAGAACUGGUAUAAUGAAAUCAAUAAGUGGCUCAAAGGCAAGCUGAAUGCCUUAGCCAUUGACUCAGGAACAAAGACUGAAAUUGAUGGCAAGUUGAAAGGCUUUAUGUCAACGUUUGGGCGCCGUCCCGUCAACCCCGUGCUGAUUAUUUCAUACGAGACCUUCCGCCUCCACGCCCACGCGCUGCACCAGGGCGAGGUGGGGCUGGUGCUGUGUGAUGAGGGCCACAGACUAAAGAACUGUGAGAACCAGACGUACCAGGCUCUGAUGGGACUCAAGGCCAGGCGCCGGGUCCUGCUCUCAGGGACGCCCAUUCAGAAUGACCUCCUGGAGUACUUUUCCCUCCUCCACUUUGUCAACGCUGGCAUCCUCGGCACGGCCCAGGAGUUCAGACGAAAGUAUGAGAGAGCGAUAUUAAGAAGCCGGGACGCUGAUGCUUCAGACAAAGAUCAUGAGCUGGGGAAGGAAAGGCUGAAGGAACUCAUCUCCAUCGUGAGCAGGUGUAUCAUCCGCCGAACUAACGACAUUCUCUCCAAGUACCUCCCGGUCAAAGUGGAACAUGUGGUGUGCUGCCCCCUCAGUGCGGUGCAGAGAGACAUGUACCACGCUUUCAUCACCUCCUCAGCCGUCAAGAAACAGCUCUCAGGAGACGGUGAUGGCCGCCUAGGAAACACUGCACUGGCGGCCAUAACAAGCAUGAAGAAGUUAUGUAAUCAUCCCGACCUGCUGUGGGAGAAGGUGAAGGCCCGGGAGCCUGGGUACGCUGGCCUGGAGAAGUUCCUCCCACCAGGCCAUGAUCCCAGGAACCUGCGUCCGGAGUUGUCCGGGAAGGUUGCUGUUCUGGAUGCAAUCUUGGCGUUGAUUCGUAGCUCCUCAGAUGACAAGGUUGUGCUUAUCUCUAACUACACUCAGACCCUUGAUUUGUUCCAACAACUGGCAGCCCUGAGAAGGUAUCCUUAUGUCAGAUUAGACGGCUCCAUGUCCAUCAAGAAGAGGGCAAAGAUUGUGGAUCAGUUUAAUGAUCCCUCGGGAGGUGAUUUCAUCUUCAUGUUGAGCAGCAAGGCUGGAGGUUGUGGCCUCAACCUCAUUGGCGCCAACCGCUUGGUAAUGUUUGACCCAGACUGGAACCCUGCCAACGACGAGCAGGCCAUGGCCAGGGUGUGGCGUGACGGCCAGAAAAAGAAGUGUUACAUAUAUCGCUUACUUGCCACUGGCAGCAUUGAGGAGAAGAUCUUCCAGCGACAGGCCCAUAAGAAGGCACUGAGCAGCUGUGUUGUGGACUACGAAGAGGAUGUCCAGCGGCACUUCUCCGUGUCAGAGUUGCGUGAGCUUUUUAUCCUCAACACUGACACCACCUCAGACACUCAUGACAAAUUCAAAUGUCGUCGGUGCGUCAAUGGGAUCCAGAUGCAGCCUCCGCCUGAGAGUGCCGACUGUACGAGUGACCUGUCAGCGUGGCAGCACUGCCAGAGCAAGAAGGGUCUGCAGGACAGAGUUCUUUACCAGUGCUGGCCGGCCGGCAUAUCCUUUGUCUUCCACCAGAGGUCACAUGAACAGAAAACUACACCCUGAUUUCCCAGCUCUUGAUUAUUAUAGAAAAAAAUGUAUCUACCACGGGUUUCAGAGGCUGUGUCAUGUAGUUUUCAGGAAUAACUUUCUAUCAAAGCAUUGGAUGAGGAUGAUCACUUGGCAAAGCAUGUUUCAGACCUUGCCCUAUUCUCGUUAGUAGGAUUCAUCAGCAAGAUGUGGAUAAUUCAUGCACUUAUGAUAGGCACUGAGAGAUAAAACCUGGCAAAUGAAGUGCUUCCUGUUGUGAGGCUGGCAGACGUUUACUGUGACAACAUUGUGCACCUCUGCUGGUGGCCAGUGAGAUGUCAGGCGCACAAUUCAUCCACUGGUGGCAGCACCGAGUCCAGUGCACUGUCACAUCUGUUUUAGUUUUUAAUAGAUUAUUUUUCUCGUUUUCAUUACCGGAAGAGUUGAGAGAACCUUGAUAUAGCUCUCCAGUCACUGAAUCAGCCUAACUACCACCCACUGAAAGACAACACCUCCGCUGCAGUGUCUACAAUCGGAGAGCUCUGGCAUUUGUGGCAGAUAUUGGCCUCCCAGCGCAUGCACUCAAAGACGUCUCAACAAAACACUUGCCCAUGCACAGGAAGCACUUCGUUUGCUGGGUUUUAUAUUUCAGUGCCUCUUGUAAGUGCAUGAAUUAUCCACAUCUUACUAAUUAGUAAUAUUGAUGAAAAUAGGGCAAGGUCUGAAACAAGCUUUACCAAAAUAUCAUCAUUAUCUGACGCCUCGUAAAAUAGUUAUUCCUGAAAAGUUAUAUAA